AUGCUUCACGAGGUUAACAGCGACAAUCGCAGUUUCAGAUAUUCUUUGGAAAAUGCUCCCUUUUCUUCCUUCAGCAUUGUAAUUGAUGCCAACGAAUGCCGCUACAUUGCUCCUGCGUGCAAUGAAGUGGCUGCUAUUAUACAUGGGGAGCAAGACCGCACUCGUGAUAUUGUCCUCAAAUCAACAGGUGGCGCUCUUCACAGGAUUUCAGAGACCCAUCGAUCAUAUGACGCAUUGCAGUACCCUUUACUUUUCCCUUAUGGUGACGAUGGAUACCACUUCGGCAUUCCCCUUCAUACUCCGGGUGGCCAACCUACAACGCCUUCCAAAACCUUAUCGUGCAAGGCCUUCUACUCAUACCGGUUCAUGGUUAGGGAUGGAAACUUCAACCUGCUUCAUAGAUGCAGGGAGCUUUCCCACCAGUUUGCGGUUGACAUGGCCGCUAAGAUGGAAUCGGAGAGGCUUUGUUUUAUACAGAAUCAUCAGAAACAGCUGCGCUCAGGCUCCUACGUACACUCAGGCGACGGCCUUCGAAAUGAAGUCAAUCCCCGCGACCUAGGGAGGCUGUGCAUUCUGCUCCCUACCUACACUGGGUGGGGGCGCGUUACAUGCAUGAACCCACGCAGGACGCUAUGA